AUGCUCGAAAUUCAUAGCCCUGACAAAAGCGAACGGUACUUCACGGGCAACAUUCCCGGCCGCUUACACAGGACGCCUGAAUUGUUCCUCGUCGCUUUACAGAAAUUGAUUGUCCACGUUGUCUUCGUCGCUGUCGUUGUUAAGGACUUUCCCAGGAUGUACGAGGAAGAUGCGUUUGUCCCACUGUUAGCUACAUUGAUCUUCGUAGAGAUACAAAGUGGAAUGACAGAACACGCUCACAGUUUCGCACAUUUUUAUGGACCAAUCAAAGGACCCGGCGAGGAAAUAAUUGUCCACGAUAAACACGGUCAUCAACAAGUAGAUUACGUCGCGCAUCCCAAGUAUGAGUUCGCGUAUGGCGUCGAGGAUCAUCACACUGGCGAUUAUCAUGGACAGAAAGAGCACAGAGACGGGGAAAAGGUCACCGGUGAGUACGUCAUCAAGGAACCGGGCGGUAACACCAGGACCGUGACUUACCAUAUCGAUCCGCACGGAGGAUUUUUUGCUCAUGUUCACAAUUCCGGUGGUAAUAAUCACCACGGCGGUACGUACGGCGGUCAUGGACAGGAGUAUCACUGA